AUGACUCUGCCGUUCGGUUCGUCGCUGGAGUUGUCAGUCUCAAGAGCUCACUAUGGCCUCUCAUCGUCUGUCCUGAUUCUCCUCCCCCUCCUCCUCACCACCAUCGCCGUCUCACGAAGCCUCUACCGCACAAUCUCUCGAGCCCGCCUCGCCCGCAAGCUCGGCUGCCGCCCGCCGCCCCUUGAACCCUCGUCCCUCCCGCUCGGCAUCGACAUCGUCCUCGCCUCCCUGCGCGCCGACCGCGAGCAGCGCACGCCGGACCAUGUCGCCGCGCGCUUCGCCGCCCUCGGCGCCCACACCUUCCGCCUCUCCCUCCUCGGCACGACGAACCUCGUCACCGCCGACCCGCGCAACGUCCAGGCCAUGCUGGCCACCCAGUUCACCGACUUCGGCAUGGGCGCCGCCCGCAGCACGAACCUCAAGGCCGUGCUGGGCCGGAGCAUCUUCGCCGCCGACGGCCCCGCCUGGCGCGCCGCGAGGGAGAUGAUGAGGCCGUUGUUCAGCCGGGACAACGUCUCGAGGCUGGAUCUCUUGGAGGUACACGUCCAGACACUGUUCCGGUGUAUCGAGAAGGAUAUGACUACGAUGACGACAACGACGACAACACCAAAAGGUCGCUGGUCCGGCGCCGUGAGCCUCGCCUCGCUGUUCCCGUCCCUGACUCUCGACUCCGCGACGGAGCUGUUCCUGGGCCAGAGCACACACACCCUCGAGGCGCGCCUGCGAGGCGACGACUCCCACCCGGGGACGGCCUUCAACCACGCCUUCGAGCGGAUGCUCGCCAUCCUCGGCACCCGCAUGCGCCUCCGCAGCCUCUACUGGCUCUACGGCACCGCCGAGCUGCGGUCCUGCGUCCGGACCCUGCACGCCUUCGUCGACGACGCCAUCGCCGCCUCGGACCGCGCCAGGUCCCGCGGCUCGUCCCUGGCGCCCUACGACUUCCUCGACGUCCUGCGGGAGCGCUGCGCCGGCGGCGACGGCGAGGUCAGGGAGCAGGUCCUCGGUCUCCUCGCCGCCGGCCGCGACACGACCGCCUCGCUCAUGGCCUGGGCGUGGUACUGCCUCCUCCGCGACCGCCGCGUCUUCGCUAAGCUGCGCGCCGAGGUCCUCGCCGCCUUCGGCUCGUCGGACCCGGCCGCCGUCUCCUUCGCGUCCCUCAAGCAGUGCGCCUACCUCCAGCACGUCCUCUCCGAGACGCUGCGCCUGCACUCGGUGGUGCCCUUCAACUCCCGCCGCGCGCUGGUCGACACGACGCUGCCGACGGGCGGCGGGCCCGACGGCCGGAGCCCCGUCUUCGUGCCCGCGGGGACCGAGGUCAACUUCAGCACGCACGUGCUGCACCGGCGCCGAGAUCUCUGGGGCGACGACGCCGACGACUUCGUGCCGGAGCGGUGGGAGACCAAGCGGGGCGCCGCCGGCGCCGCGUGGCAUUACGUGCCGUUCAACGGUGGGCCGAGGAUCUGCAUCGGGCAGCAGCUGGCCCUGACCGAGGCCGGAUACGUUCUCGUGAGGAUGCUCCAGCGGUACGACGCCGUGGAGGGGCUGGAUGUCGAUGCGAGCCGGGAUUGGCACAACUUUACCGUCGUGUGCAGUCCCGGGAGUCCGGUUGACCGCAACGAGGCGGUCUUGUGUCGGCUGAGGGUUGCUGCGAGGUGA